AUGGCGCGUCGACCCAAGUCCUCAACAACGCACGUUCAUCGUGACGCUAAAGUACCUCAAGGAAAGACAGAUAUGUUACUCCAUCGACACCGUCUAUUACGACGUUCAUCAGGAUUUAUGCUAGCGCGAAAAUACCGGAAUCCAUGGCCAACGGAAAGUUACUUUGCACGGGAAAUUAGCAGUCGUUUUGUACCUCGAACAGAGCGUGCAGGAAGUGGAGGAUCAUCAGUAGCAGUAGCAGCAGCAACAACAUUUACCAGUACGACCACUGCUACCUCGACGGGUUCUACUAGCAGCAAUAAUAGCAUGAUAGGACUUAAUGGUCCCAAGGGAUAUACACGAGAAGAACUUAUUAAUUUUUGGAGGGAGCUGGCGCUUGUGACGAAGCGACGGCUUUUGCGGAUCCGACGGGAGACCUAUUUGACAGCAUUGGACCAAUUCCUUGUGGGGCAAAACUUGUGUUGUGAGUGUCAUGACAAUGUAAUUGCAGAGUGGGAGGAUCAUGAACGAAAACGUUCUGGCAGUCGUUUUCUGCAAGAUGUUUUUAGUGUCUUCCCUCCCUUUUUGGACGAUGAAGAUGAUGACGAAGACGAUGACGAAGACGAAGAAGAGGAUGAAGAGGAAGAUGAAGAGCCAGAUGAGUUAGAAGAUGAGUCUGAUGAAGAUAUGCUCUCGACGGAGGAUAUGGUGUUAGAAGAGGAGGAAUUGGUGUUUAAAUAUGAGCUGGAGCAGGAAGGUAGACGAGGAGGCGGCAGCAAUGAGGGCAUGUUGUCGGACGAAUAUCUGGCAGCACUAGACGUCGGCGAGCGACAAGAAGACGAGCUGCUACGACUUACUCAGAAAGAGGAACGCUAUAUCAUUAUUCGAGAAGAUCACACGGAAUUCAUCAUGGAUCUAAUUCGCUGUGGCGAACAAUUCAGCUAUGUGUCUCCGUUUCAGUCUGGUUUUGAUGACGAUGAGAGCGAAAAUAGUGAAGAGGAUGACGACGUUGAUGAUACAUGCCCCGGUGCAAACACUUCACAUCUGGCACAGGAAUAUCUACUGGAAGUGCUAGCUAUUAAGUUUCGAGAACAGCUGGAGGACGCAUACCAAGAGGCAUUACAGCAUUCGCUCGCGGUGCAGGCUGAACUGCUUCAAGAUGAGCUUGCAGACCUCAAAGCAAGUCAGAAACCUUCUAGUAGCAGUCGGAAGAAGAAAAACAAGAAGGAAAAGAAGCGCCGCAAGAAAGAGGCUGCAGCACAGCGUGCGACAGAGAAAGUGAGUCUGCGAGAUACUAGCACCCAGACGCGGACAUCUGCGCGGCCUACCCGCAGAACAUCAGCAGUAGCAACAAAGCAGCAAUCCGUAUUGGCGUCAACAGAUGGGAGUGGUGACUCGGAGACGGAGGAGCGUGACCCCGAAGAGGACGAAAUUGACCGUGAGGUAGAGGAGUUUCGUCUAUUGCUGGAGAAGAUUAACACUGAGAGCGCAUUGUGUUCACGGAAGAAGUUGGUGCUGCCUCCAGGCUCGUUUGCUGACAUAACCUCAAUGACCAUCUCAUGA